UGGUGUGGCGCUGGCGGGGCCUAAGAAGAUUUCCAGCCAGUGCACUUCGUACUGCGGGGUAAGGUUGCCCAGCGGAAUUUCGGGGCGCAGGCCCGCGGGGCGAAGUACCAGGAUACUGCAUGAAAAAUACGGGAACUUGAAUGGAUUUGGAGGUAAAAGGAGUGGCUACUUCUCCUAGGAGCCAAUCUCAGCUACUCCUGAGAAGAAAGAAGCCACUACAACAAGGAUGGGUUUCCAGAUCAUGGGCAACUCCGAAUCCCUACUCACCUAUGGUCCCACCACUUGAUUUGGGAAGCCUUGUGAGCUCUGAUGAUGAGGAUGAUUUUUCAUAUAUUCCACUUAAUAUGGUGCAUAAUCAUUUUAACCCACCAAAGUCAUCUGAUCUUGGUUGGGUCUCACCAGGUCAAAUACCAUAUGCUCAGCAUCAUCUAAAUGAACUGGAACAGGACAUAAUACCUGAAAAUUUGCCAUCACCAACAGGCAAAUACAAGCUAAAAUAUCAACCAUAUAAAACUGAAAUGAAAGAGGGAUAUACACAAUAUAGUCAGAGAAGUUCAGAAAAGACAAAAUCAAAUAUUACACAUCAACAGCCUUCAAGAAACAAGACUGAUGAAAAGGUCAUGAAGAAAGAGCAGAGUAUGAAGUUGAAGCGUGAUCUUUCGGGAAGAUCUAAAUGUAUACAGGGUGAAGAAAACAGCUUGGAUGACCUCACAACUCUGGAUAGGAAAGCCCUCUUGCAGAGUGACUAUGUGCACAACUCUCAACAUGUACAGCACAACGCAAGGAAAUCAGAUGCGGAAAUUGUGGCUGCAGAGAAGAAGAAACAGACCGUCACAGAGCAAAUGAUGAUUGACCACUUAUCUAGGGCUGUCAUCAGUGAUCCAGAGCAAAAUGUAACCACUGAGAAACAAGAAACUACUUAUCCUCUUCGACUUAGGAAAAGAACACUACAUGAAACAAAGAUAAGAACCCACUCUACAUUAACUGAAAAUGUGCUUUCUCAUAAAGUACAAUUUGAUGGUAGGAUCAUAUCGAGAAAUGGACGUGAGGCCUGCCGAGAACUUAUUGGGUUCUUUUUCACUCAUGACCAGUCUCUGACAAUGUAUGAGUAUCGGCAAUUUGGGAAAAACAGAACAAAUGUGCUUCCUUUUAUUCAAAAAAACAUUUAUAGUCAUCAGAGUGGACGAAGAAAAGGAAAACCAUACCAACUUGGUGAUUUUUAUAUUGGUGCAACCUUGACAUUUUUGACCUCUGAUCACCCAAGCCUUCCAGAAAGCAUGAAAGAAAACUCAAUACUUAGACUUCGAAUCACCAAUAUUGAUCAAAUAGCUUUGGAUUCUCUGAAAACUACUUCAGUGGAAUAUGAAAAUGAUAUAAUCAAUCAAGAAGCCAAUGAUAGGCUGGUCUUCAAGACCAUUCAAGAUGUGCUAAAAGAAAAACUACUUAAAAGAGGUGUUCGUAUUUUGACUGGAUUGGGAAAACACUUUCAACAAUUGGACAAGGAAGGAAAUGGGCUUUUAGAUAAGGCAGAUUUGAAGCAAGCUCUGAAAGUUUUUCAUUUAGAAGUGUUGGAAGAGGAUUUUGAGUCUUUGUGGCUGAUUCUGAGUGGCAGUGGUGAUGGCGAGGGCAAGGACAAGGACAAGGUAGAUUAUGGAGAAUUCAAACGUGCCAUUAUUGGUGAAAUGAAUGAAUACAGGAAAUCAUUUGUUCGAAAGGCUUUUAUGAAACUGGAUUUCAACAAAACUGGCAUUGUGACUCUCACAGACAUAAGAAAAUGUUAUUGUGCCAAGAAGCAUCCUCAAGUAAUUUCAGGCCAUUCCACAGAGGAAGAAAUCAAAUCAUAUUUUCUAGAAACAUUAAAGGCCAUCUGCAGCAAGUCUGAUGAAGUAUCAUAUGGUGAAUUUGAAGAUUACUACGAAGGUCUAAGCAUAGGGAUAGCAGAUGAUGCAGAUUUUGUUAACAUCUUACGUAUUCCAUGGGGAAUUUAGUUUUAAUUAUAUAUAUAUAUAUAUAUAUA